AUCAGGCAUACGACUUGAGAUCUGUCAAAUCAAAACUCAAAAUAGAAAACGACGCUUGAUUCAAUUUCAAGCGUUUCUGUUGUGUAUGUUUUGUAAAAUAUUUUUAAUGGAAAAGAUCAUUAAAUAUUAUUAUUAUUAAUUCAGUGUUAAAUGCGAUAAUAAAUACAUUUUAAUUAGGUACACCUAACAUAGUUAUAAUGAGUGGAAGAGGGAAAAAAGCGGCAGCGCCGAAGAAAAAAGCCAAUGGCUAUAAGAUGCCUGCUCCUAUCCCAACAGGAGAGGUAAUUCACGACACAAUAGGAAAGAAGAAAUGGAGAAUCGGUCCUUCUAUAGGUGUUGGUGGUUUUGGUGAAAUAUACUCUGCGUGCGACCAUGAAGCCUCGCCAAAGAAAGGCUCUAGCUACCCAUUCGUUGUAAAGAUUGAGCCACACGAAAACGGUCCGUUGUUUGUAGAAAAGCAUUUUUACAUAAGAAACGCUAGUAAAGAUGACAUUGCUAAAUUUAUGAAGGAGAAAAAGUUAUCCACAUUUGGUAUGCCCAGUUACUAUGGAAAUGGGUCUCAUAAUUUCAAAGGCGAAAAAUACAGAUACCUAGUACUUGAGAGGUAUGGAAAGGAUUUGUGGACCUUGUUCAAAGACUCCGGUCGAUCAUUCCCACCAACUGCAGUCUUUCAAAUAGGCCUCCAAAUGCUAGAUGUCUUAGAAUACAUACACAAUAAAGGUUAUGUCCAUGCUGAUAUAAAGGGAGCAAAUAUUCUCCUAGGGCUGAAGAAAGGGACCGAGAACCAAGCAUACCUUGUGGACUUUGGCCUUGCUACAAGAGUUAAUGAAAAAGAGUUUAAACCAGACCCAAAAUGUGCUCAUAAUGGGACUAUAGAGUAUACAAGUAGGGAUGCGCAUUUAGGAGUGGCAACAAUGCGAGGAGACUUAGAGAUUUUGGGCUACAACAUGCUGCAGUGGAUUGUGGGAGAGCUCCCAUGGGAGAAGUCGUUGCAGCAGCCCAAGAAGGUGCAGGCCAUGAAGGAGGACUUUAUGAAGAAUGUUAGAAGUGAAGUCAACAAGCUGAGUUCUAGUGUACCUGAAGCUUUAAUAAAAUUCUUUGAGUACAUAAACUCUUUAAAACCAAAAGACAGUGUCGACUAUACAAAGUGUCGCCAGUUGUUUGAAAGCUAUCUCAAAAAGGAAGGAAAAACGAAGACCAGCAAACUAGAGUUCACUGCCACUAUCAAAAGGAAAGGAAACAAAGUGGAAUCAGGUGAUCAGGAGUCUGAUGUAGAGGAAGUUGUGCCAAAGAAAAGAAUACCGAAACAGAAUGGAGACUUGAAACCGAGAAGAACGAAAAAAGCGCAGAAAUUAGAUGACACAGAGAACACGGAGCCCGAUAAAAACACGAGUAUCACAAAGAAAAGGAAAUCCUUAGAGCCGUCGUAUGUUGUUAAAGUUAAGAAGACUAAAAUAGCACCAAAAGCGACUCCGCCAGCAAAGAUAAACCACGCGAAUAUUGCGACGCAAACGUCUGGGAACCGGAUCAAAAGGAGCCCGCGACAAGUCACCUUCGACAGUCCCAUAUGUGAAGUGAUUGGUGAAAAAACGUUAAAAAAUUCCAGUGUUAACUCCAGCGGUGAUAUUUUCGAUGAUUCCUUCACGAUUGAAGAGAAGAAGGUUAGGCCAAAACGUAGGUUACUCUCUGAUGAAGAAGUGACGGUAAAGAGGGUAGUUAGAAAGAAAGUGACGACUGUGAAACCUAAAGGAAAGUCGUGGAAGGACAGCCCUACUGUAGUAAAUGGUCGCUCACCACCAAAGUAGGUGCCAUAUGUAAUAUUAGUAUUAACAAAUAGGAAAGUACUUUGAAUUCAAAUAUCCUGUUAUUAUGAAUGAAUUUACCGUUUUUGAUUUUAGUAUAAUUGUCGUAAUUUAAACACAACAUAUGUAGGUAAUUGGUAAGAUACUUUUUUUUAUUUCAAUUAUUUUUCUGUACGUUCUGUUACACUGUGAAGUUGAAUUAUUAAUUUACUGUUCACACUGAAUUAUAUGCACAUAUAGUACAAUUGAGUUGCCAUAGUUACCCACCCAAUGGAUUGAGGAAUAAUUUAUUGAUAUUGGUAUUUAUUUAUCUAGCAUCAUAUGGUAUAAAUGAUAAAAUUCCACAUAAAAUUUCUAAUUAUUAUUACACAAACAGAUUAUUUCUUGUU